AUGGCUAAUACCGAUCCGAGCAAGAACGCCCGGCAGCGGGCCGACGACAUGGCUGCCGCGACGGCCACACCCGACACCAACGGAAACUUCAAUCCACGCAACACCGUCACCGCCGCCAGCGGUAGCAGCAGCAACAAUGCGGGGUUGAGGAGGACCCUCACGUCCCUGUCCUUUUACGAAGAUGCCCGCUCGCACGCCGAGGCCGACGAGACCACGGCCGUGCUGUCCCCGCUCUUUGGCGGAUCCCUGCGAAACUACCGGACGACGACGGGCUCCGCGCCUCCGCAGCACUCGUCGACGCUGCCGAUUCCCCGUCGAGGAAGCCCCGGGGCUACCAGAACAUCGUACCCACAGUCGCUGCCUAGCCUACGCGUCAGACGCAAGCCGAGGGAUGAUGACGACGGCGGUGACGACGGUGACGAGGACGAGCCCGACGAGGAUGGGCAGCAGCAGCAGCAGCAGAGUGGCCAGACAGACGGCGAGAAAAAGGCAACGUGGUGGACGAGGGUCAUAUCGCCUCUCCAGUCUAUAGAGCUGGAGAAUCACGGCAGCGUGGCUAGAGACCACCUAGCGCUCGAGAGGACAUUCCUCGCCUGGCUGCGCACGUCACUGGCCUUUGCCUCCAUCGGCAUCGCCGUCACGCAGCUCUUCCGACUCAACACGUCAGUGUCCGACCCGGUCAUGCAGAAUACGCUGCGCAAGUUUGGCAGGCCGCUCGGCGCCACGUUCCUGGCCAUCAGCAUCGUCAUCCUGCUCCUGGGGUACCGACGCUUCCGUCUCAGUCAGCGGUGGAUCAUCCAGGGCAAGUUCCCGGCUAGUCGCGGGACGGUCAUAGCUCUCGUGCUCAUCACCCUGGCUAUCAUGCUCGUGUCGCUCAUUGUGGUUGUUGCGAUCCAUCCAGGAGGGGUAUGA